AUCGCUGCUGGUGCCGCCGAAUGAAUGCGACGGCGGUCUGAUCGGAGCGCAUUGUUUCCACCGUGCGUUACAUUAUGGGAUUUCCAGCCGUGAUGUCUGCAAUAAUAUGCUCUUUGUUCCCGGUUCUACUCAGCCUGCUGUCAGUGGCUGCUCAGACGGAGAUGAAAAAGGUUGUUGGGGACAACGCUACCUUACCAUGCCACCACCAGUUCCCGUCGUCCAGCUCUCUUGACAUUGAGUGGCUGCUGCAGAAACCCAAUUCCAAACAGAAAGUGAUUAUUACUUUCUUUGGAGGCCAGGUGUACACCAACGAGGCCACGGAGAGCGAGGCCAGCCGUCUGUCCUUUGCCGGGGAGUACCUGAGUGGGGACGCCUCCCUGCUGAUCAGUGACCUGCUGCUGACCGACUCUGGAGAGUACUAUUGUAAAGUCAAGACUGGUGGAAAGUAUCUCUGGAGCCAGGUCAGCCUCACCGUGCUGGUCAAGCCUUCUAAGCCAAGGUGCUGGAUGGACGGAAAACCGCUGGUGGGCAGUGAUGUCAAGCUGAGCUGUAAAUCAAGCGAUGGUUCAGACCCCAUCAGCUACAAGUGGGAGCGAGUGCUCGACAAAGGCAAAAMUCUGGGCAAGCUGCCAACCCUGGCACUGAUAGAUCUGAAGAACCCUGAGAUUGUCACACUGCGAAAUCUCACCAUGGAGAGCACAGGUGUCUACAGGUGCACGGCGAGCAAUGACGUGGGAGAGGAAAACUGCACCAUCGAAGUCCCAAUGCAGCAUGUGAGGGAUGUUGGGAUGGUGGCGGGUGCCGUGGUGGGAAUAUCCCUCGGAGUCUUCAUCGUCAUAUUAAUCAUCUGGCUUGUCUUCCGGAAGAAAGAAAAAAAGAAAUACGAAGAGGAAGAGACCCCCAACGAGAUCAGGGAAGAUGCCGAGGCUCCCAAGGCCAAGCUGGUGAAGCCAAAUUCUCUGUCCUCAUCCCGCUCUGGCAGCUCGCGGUCCGGCGCCUCCUCCACCCAGUCAAUGGUGCACAACUGCACCCAGCGCGGCCACCGCCCACGUCCACCUGCCGUCGCAGCUCUCAAGGAAAACGGACAGCCUCCAGGCUUUCCCCAGUCCCCUCCAGCCUACACCUCAGUGGUACCUCCCAAGACCCCCGAACCCCCCACCACUCCCAAAUUCAACUCCAGGAACAUGUCUGGCCCAACACCCCCAACCCUUAUGGUCCCAGCCCAGACCAAGGCCUUUCAGACUGUGUAGGACUGAAAGCCAACCCCCCUUCUCCAUCCUGCAGCCAUGUAAGACUCCUACCCCUCCCCAAGCCAUUUAGCUCCCCUUUCCCCAAAGACUGAGACUCUUCCAUAAACAAAGAAAUGCAACUAGUUAAAGGAUGUAAUUAAAAGACUCAAUACUAUCAGUUCAAAAGUACUUUAAUGAAUGCAUAAUUAAAAAAGGGAAAUAAGACAUGCUUGCCCCUUCUGAAUUACGUAAAACAAAAACAAAGAAAGAAGCAGAGAUCCGACGUGGAAAAAUUUGUCUCGUGGCUGAAGGCAGAACUUUGUUUCUGAGGUCCUUCUUUUGGGUUUAGAAGGCACUGAGAUGUGCAUUGAGGUGGAAUAUGACGCCAAGAGAGCUUUUAUUUAUUUAUCAAAUCAAAGGAUUAGGAAUUCAGUCAAGGGAAUAAGUGAGACAGGAAAACCAGUGAAGAGUGGCUCCGUCCAAACUUGUGGUUGCCACAAGUUGUACAAGGUGAACACGUGACAGUUAGAAGCUGCGAAGAAGAAAGUGCAAGCAUGUUUGCCACGUUUAGAUUCUUUUUUAGCAAAAAGAUAAGAGUUUGAGGUGAUUCUCUGAUUAAUGUCACUCUUCACCUCUGUGUGGCCACCUCCAGCAUUUGCUCAGAAACCCACAAACCGCUUUGCACCCCAUGGGCUUGGGCGAUUGUGCCCAUCCAUGUGGACAGGCACGGUGUGUGGCAUGCGCAUCAUCUGCUCCAGUGCGCUCGGUCUUUUGUGCUCUCAUAAGGAACCCAGGAGAAACCACAGCUGUCCUGAGACUGACUCAGCUGGCUCGCAAACGGCUCAUCUGCUCCAUCAGUCGGCAGGGAAAACCUCAAGUAUAAGGAUGUAGCAUUGACUGGUGACAUCAAAUCAGUGGACUCGUUACUCCCCUUCCCACGUCCUAUCUACAUGGUCCUAUUCCAGUACCAAAUAUUCUCCAUUGAAUAAUUUACUAGUAUUUAAUAGACAUAUAGUAAUACUUUAAAUAUAGGGAUAAGUUAGACCAGCUGGACUCUCCUUUAUUUUGUCUCUGUUCUCUCUUCUCCCUGAGCAGGUUGUAAAGGGUGACAGACAGCCAAGUGUCCAAUUAUCCAUAUUAAGAAGUGCCACCAAACCCUAAAAUGGUUUAAUACUGGUUUUGGUUUAACUUUUUUUUUUCUUUCUACCUACUUUGUUUCUGAACUGAAGCCAAAUUCUUUCAACCUGAAUGUGUGAUGUAACUUAGGAGAUUUCAAUAUUUCCAGCCUGUAUGGUUCUUCAUCGGGUUAAGGCACAUAGAAUUGACCACAACAUCAAAUUUAACUAUAACACUGUAUGUCUGAAUGAAGAGAUAAUCCAAUCAUAUAGGGUUUGUAUGCUAUCACUGUCAAUACUAUCCUUGGAACCAUAACGGUGGUGUGGCUCUUGAUUGCUGUCUCACCAAAUCACUUGCAUGGUUAAUGGAAGUUUUGAGCAAUGUCGUAGUUGUACCCUCAGACAGACCUGUCACAUUUUGGUUCAAAGUAGCUGACAAAAGGAUAAGUAGCCUAUCUAGUGUGCCUUUGUACUCCCCUCUUCUUUUUGAUAGUUUCUUUCUUGGUCCUUAUCUUCAGCACACCAGUGGUUAAAUCUCUGUUCACAAGCAGCUCAGAGGGUCAACAGCAGGAAAUGCUGGAACAACUUCAGAAAUGUGCCCCAGUAAGGGAGGAUGCAAAGGGAUCACCGAGCAGAGUGAAUGGUGAGAACGUAAUCCCAUGCCACAGGACUAUGUACUGUACAUUCUGUAAUCAGUCUUGUUUUAUAUUGUACAUACUGAUAGAUAUAUGCACAUGAUGUCAUUUUAUUUAACAGUAAGGGUAUAUGAGAGGAAAUCUUCCUCUUACAAAAAGAGUCAAGUGAAAAAACCCAAAGUGGAUUUAAUCCAAGUGUCUUUUUUUUCUGAUGUCAUCUGUGGUAGUUUCAUCAUUCACAUUCAUGUGAAGCAAGUAUUUCAUGGGAUGGAAUGUGAAYGCAGAAAAAUAUAAUUCGUUCUGUUGGGUUCAAACCAUAUUAUAACCAAAACUGCUGUCCAGAAUCCCAUUUGACCUGUGGAGUUCAUUGUUUCCAAUGAAAGCAAUUGGAAGGAAUUCUUCACCACGGCCACCACUGUGUUUUAAUGUUUGCUUUGGCUAAGUUCAAUCUGUCCUUACUGUUGAACAAUAAAAUACAAUGAGUCAAAUCUUAAAAAACGUGAAUAACAGAUGCAAUUGGGUGACAAAUUGAGGAAAAAACAAGGUUUUUAACAACUCUGGGUUGUCUUUUCUYUUUUUAGAGUGAAGCAACACUCAAAAACUGCAGCUGUUAUAAAUGGUUUAAUUUAGUUUUAAAUUGCUGAAGUACACUGAACCUGAUGAGCUACAUCUCAUUCAAGAUGACAACAUAACCAUCGAAACAUCAAUGAUCAUUAAUUAAUUUGCCUUAAAUAUUUCCAGAUCUCAAACSACAUAAACAUUUACAAGAAACUUUGUAACCAGUGCAAACUGCAAACUUCUUUAGCACCUUCAACAGAACUUUUUCCACACAAAUAAGAUAGUUUACAAAACUCGUUAUGUUUUCACCUCUCGUUCACCUGUAGAGUUAUUCGUUAUGUUUUCACCUCUCGUUCACCUGCAGAGUUAUUGCUUUGAAUAACUGAGAUUUUUACAAACAUAUUGGGGAUUUAAUUUUAUUGGCGUUAGUGCAGACUUGAAAUCUAACAAUUCUGAAAUGAAUCAAACAUUGCAUGGCACCAUACUGCUCGGUAUUUAUUUUUUCUUAGMCUGCACCUUAACUUGGUUACCAUUAAACUUUAAGUUUGAGCUGGAAAAAGUAAUGARUAAGAAAUAAAAUCAAGAAAUUAUGUCAAAAACAAAACAAAUUCGAAUGACUUUAGCAGAAUUGUUCGCAGUGCUCAGAAUGUUCUUCUUUAGUGUUUAUGUCUUGGAACAUCAACAUUAUUGCCUCUUAAUGGUGUGGCAUGGGUAUUUUGGCAUUUUUGUUGAUUGUGUUGUUGAGCAGAGUAGUCAAUACCUAAACUAUUUAAUGUGGACAAUUUCUUUAAAAAAAGGUUUAGGCAUGCAUGCACAUGCUGGCCCAACACUUUAGUUAAACACAAGUUGUAUAGCUUUUUUUUAUCACUUAUCCAUCUUGUAUUUUCUAUAUGUUUUUUUUUUUACUUUUAAACUCAUUAUUCUAUAUACUCAGGACACAUUUUAACACUGCUGUUUUAAACGUAGUAAAGUAUCAUAGCAGUAUGGUCCACACUUUCACUUUGCAGCUCAUAAUAAUUAUAAUGUUUCUCUCUGGACCAUUAGAGAGGAUUUGGUCACUUUUCAAAUCUUAAAUCUGCAGCAUCUGCCUGGAAAACAUGUGUUGUUUGAUUUCACACAUGGGAUUUCACACCUAACGUAACUGCGAGGGAAAUUUGGGAAAAUAAAUAACGCCUUUCUGUAUUUAACCKGCGACAGCAGUUCAUUUUGGACCAGAGAGGUGACUCUGUGUGCGUUUGGGAGGGACGGUGGGGGAGAGAGAGGGAGGCUGUGUGCGCAAACUUCCGUGCCUGCAUGCUUGUAAAUGUGUGUGUAUGUGUGGGUGUGUGCAUGUAAAUUUAGUGUAAGCCCCCGGGCCACACCCACACAUUCUGAAGUUAGCCUUUCAUUGAGUGUGAAGGAAGCAGUCAUGCAAAGUAACCUCUGUCCAAAUGUACAUCACUGGCAGUGUUUCUUUUUAUAGUUUGAGCUGAGUUUUUAUUUUUUAUUUUAUUUUUUAUGCCAGCUGAUUUUGGCUUCACAGACCACAGUCGUGURUUCGCUUGCGUGGGCGGCGUCUUGAAACAAAGACCGUCCAUAAUUCAUAACUUUCAUCAGCUCCGGAGGCUACUUGUACUCUCUCCUUUCUUCUGUCUCUUAACAUAGAAUGCACUCGUUCCUGGGAGUACUGAUGGCAUCUCAAGGUGCACACACACACACACACACACAUAUACAUACGCACAAUAAAAACCAGUACAAUGUGUCCAUACAUACACAUCAACCAGUACAAAUGUGCUUAUGUGCACAAGAAUGCAGUUUUGCGCUUCAUGUACACACUGACACACUCACACACACACACACACACACACACACACACACACACACUCAACAGACGCCCACAUCGUUUGCACAAACAAAAGCUCAAAUACUGUUCCCUCUUAUUUCUACUCCUUCAGAAUCAAUGUGAUGGAUCGAAAGUCUGGAGGUAUUAUGCCUGACUGAUGGAACCAGGAUACUAAAAGCAUCACAGAAUAGGACACUCUAUACUGCAUCACUCAGAGGACACCAACACACACACAUAAAAUCAGCUAUGGCAACCAAACACAACGCACCACUCCAUGCACUUACAGAGCAUCAGACACUGCUGUGCAUUUCAACAAUCUUGAUUGCAUACGCCAAAAGACUUUUUUUCCCCUUCUUUUGUUGGAAUCUACAAGAGUGGUAGAGGGAAUCUGAGAGAGAUCUAACAGGUUUGUUACUGAGUCAGGACUGUGGGGCUUUUGUCAUUAAAAUUCUCUCCUGAGCAGACGAAAGUAGCAAUGGAAGUGAACGAUGGGGCACGGCGAAUCUUCCAGCUGUUAAAUUUUUCCAAGCCUUUUUUUUUCCUUUUGAUUUCCCUUCCUGCAUUUGCAAGUCUCAGGUGGCAGAUUCCCCAGUUUAUGAACCCUUGCAUUGCAUCCCACUUUGUGUCACCCCCCCCCCUUUUUUUUCCCUCAACAAAUGUUACUCUUGUCAGUUCUUUGUGCGGAGGAGGAAAGUCUUAACACACGCCACGGCUCAGAGUAUCAGCAGCUCGUCAAAUCUCAUCCUUUGAAAGAAUAUCCAUCAGCACUACAUUUUAUCUUGUUAUCAACACUCAGAGGUGCAGUUAAAUCGUUAAUGGUCAUCCCGCCGUACAUGAUAGGAGUAUGAAUCUCAUGUAGCUACAGUAUUUUACGUUCCAUUAGGCAGUUUUAUUUCGGAAUAAAGCUGCUGAGCAGGGAGAUUUGUGGUUUGGCCUUGUCUGUCAGUAAAAGAGAAUGUGACGUCUUAUUACUUUUUAAGAAUGGAGGUGGAUGGCGCUUAAUUCCACCUCAAGAAGGUAAGGAAGACAAAUACAGCUAGCAAAGGUACCUGCAUGUCUUAGAAGAUUGAGCAGAUGAACGGGAAUGCUUUGCUUUGAUGUAACAUAACUGUAAUCGAUUUAAAAAAUAAAAGUAAACAUCUUAAAUUGUAAAUAUAACCACACAAAAAAAAACUUAAGACGCUUUAUUUUUGUCAUUUUUCUUUGCUGUUUUUCAAAUGUUUCCAUCAUGUACUUUGCACUUUUUUGUGUGCCACAUUCGUCAUUGGUCUGUGUGAAAUCAGAGGUUGGCUGUUUCUCUCGACUGCAGUGUUUCAGUGUUGGGGUGGGGAGACAGGCUCAGCUGAAAAAGAAAUGGAAGACACUUUUAUUUACUUUACUCAUCUGUUUUUCUGAUGUGCAUUCUCUUUGGUUUUUCUAAAGUUAAAGACUUUUGUUUGUUUGUUUGUUUGAUGAAAUCAAUCCAUGUAAAUAUCACAAGUAAAAAAAUGUAUAUUUUUACGACCUCUGAGUUAUUACUCUUUCAUUUGCAAAUAAAAUAUUCAACUUCAACCUUA